AUACAGUGUUCCAUCUCUAUCGACAUAAUGGCAUAGACGAUGUGUACAUAAUACGCGACUUAGAGACAUGUCAGAAAAUGACGCUUGUGCAAGUGUUCAAAAUACAGAGGAAAACAGUUCUGUAGUGAAUGAUGUCGAGAAAUGCGCUAAAGAAGAUACAGAAAAGGACAGUGAAAAAUCGGACAGUGUCAAAGACGUGUCAAAGGAUGAAACGGCGACGGAAGAUAAAGUUUCAGAACAAAAAGAGACUCUGGAAUGGGAGCUGGAUGGGUACAAGUGUAAAGUGAAAUGGAAGUUUCCGGAAGGGACGACGACGCCGAAGGACUACAUCGCCUUGUGCUAUGCAGAGUCGGGCGGCGUCGUCGGGCGCGUGCCGGCGACCGGAUGCGCCAGCGGCGGCAUAAUGUGGCUGCUUGAUGAGCCCAAUCAGCCGUACGAAGACUGUGAGCAGCUGCUAUGUUUCCGGUACUACAAUGGCGAGGAGGAGGAGAUGGAAGCGGAGGCGCCGGCGCUGCCCGCGCGCCUUCGCGCGGAACUACGCAAGCUCCCACAUCGCUUGAAGGAAGGCGUCUCGCGCAAGCGCGGUGGCGAGCGGCAACCACCAUUCUCGUACCACAACGAGAGUUUCGAGCUAGGCUCCGAGCCCGACCCCGCCGAGGUCGCUCGCCUCGUCGACAAAUGCUCAAUUAGCACUCUAGAAAGCAACGGGAACGAGCCAAAACUCGAACAAAAAUGUGAUCCUAGCAAAUUUGUAGAUACUAGUUUAAGUAAAGAAUCUCAAUCUGUAAAUAGUGAAUCUCGCGCGACGACGUCGGGGGUGAAAAAGAAAUGCCCACCGCCGGUAGACACGGGCGGUGGGGUGGACCUCGGUGUCAAAAAGAAGUCUAAAAUGAACAGCGGCUUCGAAUCACCUACGUCGCCCGGUACGGAGUAUUACAAAAUAUGGUCGCCAAAGAAUCCUUGUAAGAUAAUGAAGUUUGUAUAUGAGGUGGAAGGAGGGAAGGUUCCUGAGGAAGGUCCCCGGUCACCCGGGCCGCCGCUGCCGCCGCGCGCGGCGCACAAGCCGCUGGAGCGCUCCAGGGCGCUCUCGCCCCCGCCUCACCCUCCGCAAGUGCCACGACAUCGGAAACCCAAAAAACUCACUAAACCUGAAGACUCGUUCAACUUCGAACUGAUCGACACGGAUGAGCAGUUUUUUACAGACAACAAUAUCUCUAAUUCGGCCACGCUUCAGAGCGGCAUCAAUGACUUCAAACCGGGAGAGUUUUACACCGGCAAACAGGUCGCCAUGUCUUCUACGGCGAGCUUCUGGCGAGGCGGGCAGAACGUCGCCCCGCUGGCGACGCCCGAAACCGACGGCAGCUUAUGUGAAUCUACAAUAUCUUCUAUGAAAUUAUCUAGGUUAGUAGACGAGAAGAAAUCUAAAGAUGUACCUGACGGUUCGCCUAGCGUAAGUAGGAAUAAGGUAUUAUUUAUUAAAGAUAUCGGGCCCGAUAACUACAUCACGACGACGUUCGCGAGGAAGGAUAAGGCCCCGACUGAUACCGUUGACGGUACGAAUCUCACGCCAAACCACGCCAAAUCGGAGGAGAAGGCGCAGCAUACGUUUUUAAAUGAUAUUAGCAAUCACUCAGAGUUUGAGGAUGAUAAUAGGAACCAGAUAGAAGAGAAAGAAAUUACGACUCUGAAAGGUCACAAACCAUUGACGAGGCAGAAUUCAGGUCGCGCUACGCCUACAAUGAUGACUGCGUUUUUAAAUUCACACUCAUCUCAUACCGCAACGACAACUCAAGAACAGCCCGAUAACGGCAGCUCCAAUGCACCUAGUUCAUGUAAUUCUUCACAUUCGACGUCUCCAGUUGAAGACGGCAACAAGACGCUACCCAGCGUAGGGACGAUGAUUAUGAACAGAAAGUACUCCUGCGAGAGCUCAACCCCAAAGCAUUCGAGUUUGCCUCGGCAUCUGCUAAAGAACUUGGGUUGCGAAGGUACACCGAAACAUUCGCCGACAAACAGCGGAAUGAAUAGUCCAGUGCGGCCGCAUCCAAAAGUCUUGACAAGGGUGGCAGCACUAGCAGGCGCGGCACCGCAAUGCCCUCCAACCCCGACACACCACGCGCGGCGCCCGCGCCCUGCGCCACCAGCCGACCUCACACCACCUCCAAUACAAAACUCAGAAAACUUCGAAAUGGUCGAAUUCACCAACGAACUCCGUACAACAGAGAUCAGAUCUCCCAACAUGGAGUUCGCGAACAGCAACCAUUUCACCAUCGUCCACGCUGGACCUCCUGAAGACGUUGUCCUUCGAAGACCUAGACCAGAAGACAGUGAUGACAAUGAGAAUGGUGUAGCCUCGCCUACGCCUCUAAGGCAUAUGGCGGGCAUAAGACUGCCUUCGAUCCCUGAAAGGGCGUCGAGGCAAAUGGCGUUGACUGGAGAUUUUCCCGCGAAUAUGAUUGGUGGGAUUAUCGAGUGCGAGGAACCUUUACCAGCAGGCUGGGAGGCUCGCAUGGACAGCCACGGGAGAGUAUUUUACAUCGACCACAUCAAUCGGACCACGACGUGGCAGAGGCCUGGGGCUAAUGGGACCACGCCGAGAUCCCCUGCGCCUGAGGUGCAGAGGAGGCAGUUAGAUAGGAGAUAUCAAUCAAUUCGGCGCACAAUGACUCGCGCGCAGCUGGAGGCGGCGCGCGCGUCGCCGCCCCCCGCGCCCUCGCCCUCGCCCGGCCCCGCGCCCCCCGCGCGCGCGCCCGCCGCCCCCGCCGCGCCGCACCCCGCCGCCGCCUUCCUCGCCCGACCCGACUUCUACUCCAUACUGCACAUGAACCAGGAAGCAUCGGAACUCUACAACUGCAACUCCACCCUCAAGCACAUGAUAUCUAAAAUCCGUCGAGACACGAGCUCUUUCGAGCGCUACCAACACAAUAGGGACCUCGUGGCUUUGGUCAACAUGUUCAGCGACUCUGAUAGGGACUUACCACUCGGCUGGGACACGAAAUUGGACCGUAAUGGCAAGCGCUUCUUCGUGGACCACGUGAUGCGGCGGACGACAUUCAUGGACCCGCGCCUGCCGCGCGCGCCGGCCUCGGGCCCGUUCUCGCCGCUGCUGCCGCAGCGGCGCCGCCCUCUGGUGGUCGAGCAGAUUGACAUGAAAUACCUUUGCUUCGGAAUCGGGCCGACUCCGGCCCCGACGCCGCCGCCGCGGCCGCCGCUGUCCGCCGGCGACGCGCACGCGCGCACCAUGCACGAGAUACCCGUCGCGUACAAUGACAAGGUGGUAGCCUUCCUCCGCCAACCGAACAUCAUGUCGAUCCUUCGAGAACGUUGCGGAGGCUCCGGCAGCGCCCUAAGGGACAAAGUCAACGCGGUCCGAGUGGAAGGAGUACCCGCCCUUAACAGAUACCAGAACGAUGUUCAGCUGACCUGCAUGCUAAGCCUGUUCGAGCAGGAGAUCAUGAGCUACGUGCCGGCGGAGGGCCGCGCGGCGCCGUCGCCGGCCGCGUCGCCCGCGGCUGCGCGCAGCACACGUGCGCCCGCGCCGCAGCGACGGGACUUCGAGGCCAAGCUGCGGGCGUUCUAUAGGAAACUGGAGAGCAAGGGCUACGGACAGGGACCCGGGAAACUCAAGCUCCACAUCCGCCGAGAGCAUCUCCUAGAAGACGCGUUCCGCCGCAUCAUGUCUUGCGGCAAGAAGGAACUGCAGAAGGGCAAGCUCUGCGUCCUCUGGGACGGCGAGGAAGGCCUGGACUACGGCGGGCCCAGUCGGGAGUUCUUCUUCCUGCUGUCGCGGGAGCUGUUCAACCCGUACUAUGGACUGUUCGAGUAUUCUGCCAACGACACGUACACGGUCCACGUGUCGCCUAUGUCGGCGUUUGUCGACAACCAUCAUGAGUGGUUCCGUUUCUCCGGGCGCGUGCUAGGCCUGGCGCUGGUGCACGGCUACCUGCUCGAGGCGUGGUUCACUCGCGCGCUGUACCGCGCCCUGUUGCGGCUCUCGCCCGCGCUCGAAGACGUCGACGCGCUGGACGCGCAGUUCGCCGCCUCGCUGCGGUGGUUACAGUCCGCCCGCUGCGUGUCAUCCUUAGAGCUAACAUUCGCGGUGUCUGAACGUCUCGCCGACGGCCGCGUGUUGGAGCGAGAGCUGAAACCAGGCGGUCGCGAUGUGCCCGUCACGGAGCGGAACAAGAAAGAGUAUCUGGAGCGGGUGGUUCGCUGGAGGGUCGAGCGCGGCGUGGCCGAGCAGACUGAGUGGCUCGUGCGAGGCUUCCAUGAGGUGGUGGACCCGCGGCUGGUGGGCGCGUUCGACGCGCGCGAGCUGGAGCUGGUGAUCGCGGGCGCGCCCGAGCUGGACGUGGCGGACUGGCGCGCGCACGCCGAGUACCGCGGCGGCUACCACGACGCGCACCCCGUCAUCGUGUGGUUCUGGCAGGCCAUCGACAGGUUCACAAACGAGCAGCGGCUGCGCCUGGUCCAGUUCGUGACGGGCACCUCGUCCAUCCCGUACGAGGGCUUCUCGGCGCUGCGCGGCUCCACGGGCCCGCGCCGCUUCUGCAUCGAGCGCUGGGGCCGCGUGGAGUCCCUGCCGCGCGCGCACACCUGCUUCAACCGCCUCGACCUGCCGCCCUACCCCACGCCGCAGCUCUUGCACGAGAAGCUGCUGCUGGCCGUCGAGGAGACCAACACCUUCGGCAUCGAGUGAACGCUGCACGAGUGCGAGAUGGACUUCCGAAAACGCCACGCGGGCUCAUUUAGACGAUGCGAGAACUCGCAUGCGAGUUUCAUUACAUUGCGGGUUUUGAUCGGUCGGUUGAAUUGGACGUAACCAACAGUCCGCAAUGUAACUAAAAUCUUAUGCGUGUUCGCGCGCCGACUAAAUCAGCCCUAAUGCAAUAGAGCGAUACGAGGGACCUAGGAAAAUGUCGGUGUCAAAAGAUGUAAUGAGACAAUGACCAGGUUCUGAAAUGUGCAACGUUUUUAUUGGCUGCUGAAUAUACUUACGAAUCUAUAUAUUAAUUCGUACAUUUUCAUACAGUAGUAUCGCUCUAAGUUAGUGUCGUAAAUGAAACCGAAUGUAAAUAGUAGUCAAUUGAGACAGCAGAGUAGUGCCUAGAUACCCUAUCCUAUAUGUCGAGGUUUGUACUUUAUUAACGCUUGUAUCGUAAGAUAAGUGAAGUGUACUGUGGCUGUGAAACGGGAUCGGUCCCGUGUUUAGAUAUUACGCUUUCGUCACUAAUUUAUAAUUGUAUAUGCUGUAACCUCCAGAUUUUGUUUUUGACAGCUCUGCUCGUGGCAGCAGUCACUAGAUUACUUACUAAAUAGGAAUAACAGUAAAAAUAAACUAGUAUUAUAAUAGAUUACUGAAAAAAAUAUAUAUCUGUAAUAUCAGUUUAUUCUAAAAAAAUGUCAUAAAUAUUCCAUUACACUGCGCUAGUCAGCUAUUUAAUACCCACAUAAUGCUUAAACCGUGAGUAGUAGAAGCGCCAAAAUGUCCUCUUGUUAUGACCGGCCCCAUAUUAAAGUAUGCUUGUUAUGUUAUAAUAUUUGUAUAAAUUGCAAAGUUAAGCUGGGCAGGAUGAAGAGGAAAACUUUGACUGUUUAAUUUUUAUUUAAAAAAAUGAAACGAGCUCUUUGUAAGUAACACAUGUAUCAUGCUCAAAAUUAUACAGCAUCAUAAAAAAGUAACUUUGUUCUUAGUAAGAAAACACCUAAAGACGUGAACAAAUGUAAAUACCCUAUUUAUUGCUUAUGUACUCGUUACAUUGAUGUGAGUUCAUGUUUAUUUUUAAGUGAUAGCUCUAUUAUGUUGAAUAUUUAACUACCUUUGUGUAUUGUUUUAUUGUGUAAAUUUUAAGCAAUUUGUUUUCGUGUGAAAGUGACAAAAUGUCAAUAUACAAUAUUACUUACAUAAA